AUUUCCUCUCCCACACUGAUGCGCGACAGUCUCGGCUGAAAUUUGCCUGUCUAAUUACAGAUUCCUUUUGGCACCAAGCGCGCCGAAAUCAUUGCCUUUCUCGGUCGCAACUCCAAGAUUCUCAAUGACAACCAGGAGCCGGUCCACAUCAUCAUGGAGCGCGUCUCCUCCAAAACGCAGGACUGCUAUGUCGAGUUUGUGAGCGCGCAGGAUGCCGUGAGGGCCGUGGACCGCCACCGCGACAACAUGCAGAAGGGGCGCCCCUCGCGCCUGGGUGACCGCCCUGUCGAAGUACAGCUGUCGAGCCAGGCUGCUCUCAUGAAGGAUUUGUUCCCGCUCGCUGCCGGGGUCUGGUGGGACAAUGCCAAACCGGUCAUCCUGGCGCCGAUUGACGGCCAGCCGUGGAAGACCUUCAAGGGUUUCGUCACCGAGGAGGAGAUGACUAUGCUGGUCAAGCACGUCGAGAUCCCGCAGCGGGUGAGUUCUAACUUACGUCUUUGCGUGCUGGCAUGGCAUCCCCAAGGCAAACUGAAUCACAAUCAUGCUGACCCCCCGCGGUUCGGUUGCUUGCAGUCUCCCUACUCCAAGGAGUGCCCCCAGCGUCCCUACGAGUGCAUGAUUUCCACGAUCAAGAAGCUGCCCUGGUACAUGGCCGACCACAUCACGCUCCGCCAGCGCCAUGCCAUCUACGACGCCACCGUUAGGCUCAUUGUGCUCCUGAAGCAGGCCCUGCAGCGCGAGCAUCGCAGCCACGAGACGGUCAUCAACCCGCAGCUGAUGAAGCGUCUGGUCACGGCCGCCAUGCUGUGCCCGGGCUUCUCCGUCGUGCAGAAGGACAACAUCGCGGUGCUCGCCGACAUGGAGGACGACCGCGCCCGCACGUUCAACCAGCCUCGGUUCGCCGAGCAGUGGGUGCACCUGCACGGCAUCUGCCCCAGGCCCGGCACGCCCCUCGACGUGCUCGAGUGGUACAUCGCCAUCAUCCGCGAGGAGACCACGCGCCGCGUCCACCGCAAGCACAUUGUCGAGCGCAGCGAGAUCCAGCGCACCGCCUGCUACACCUCGCUCUACUUUGGCUACAUGUGGCACGAGAUCGGCCUGCCCACCGGCAGAGAACUGGACAACCUCACCCUUCGCCAGGUCGCCCGUUGCGAGCUCGCUGUCAUUGAGCGCAUCUUGCGCCGGGUCUUUCCAGCCCAGGAGGAGUACGCCCUGAACUAAGGGAAAAAAGUAAUCUGGAGGAUCAGAAGAAGUCUCGGAUUGUCCUGGGGGAGAUGCAUCCAUAUGACUUUUCCCCUCUCGGGUAGCCGCGGCAUUAUGUUGGUCAACAUCUUAUGACUCCUUGAUCGUUUGUGCCGGAGAUUGCAGAUUGAAUCCCCGGCGGCAGAUCCCUCCUCUCUUGGCAGUUCAGGACAUCCACCCUCCCGUACUGACGCUAACUCGUCCUGACGAUCUCGCGGAAUUCCCCCGCACUUCAAAACCGAUUAAUCCGUGCAAUCUCACGGUACCAUAUUAGCUCAUGCCAGGGACAAGACCAGCCUUGGUUUGACUCCAGCUCGCAAGCGCAGAGCCAAUAACUCCCGCCUUCUUUUUUUUUUCUUUCCUACUUUUCGGUAU